GAAUCAGAGGUUAAAGUGGAGCAAGAAGUUCACAGUCAGAUGGACCACGAGGUGCAGACGGAGCCCGGCCUGGAGGUUGAGGAAAAGCAUCUUGCCAUGGAAAAACCAGAUGAGCCAGAAGAGCCAGUCAUGGACCUGGAGCCACUGUCUCAGGACGUCCCAAGUGAAGAGGACACAAGUGAUGAUGAGAUGUCUAAACUGGAGCAAGGUUUGAGGGCAGAGUUUCUGGGUCAGGAUGCUGUUAAUGAUCUGGAGCCACUGUCACAAGAAGAUGGGGAAGACUACCUCACUGCCCAAGAAGAGCCAGUCAUGGAACUAGAGCCUGAGAUGAUGGAUGAUCCAUUUGUUAGUGAACCAGUCGUUCCAGAGGAGCCGGUGGAAGUAAUGAUGAGGGACGAGAACCAAGAGGACCAAGAGGUCAACUUCCUGGUUCCCCCAUCAGGACCACAUGGCCAAGCCACAAAGCGGCAGUCUUGCCUUGGCAUAGAGUAUAAGGGGAAGUGUUACCGGUUUUUCCGUGGACCAAGCAGGGCCGCAGAAGCCGAGUUUUUCUGCCAGGACAACUUCCCUAAUGGCCACUUGGCCGCCAUCACAAGUGAGAACAUCCACAGGCAGGUGAUGCAGAUGAUGUCUCGGGAAAUUGGAGGAUAUACACGAACAUGGGUUGGGGGACUUCGCUACCUGGACACCGGCCGCUUUAUCUGGUUGGAUGGAUCUCGCUGGACCUAUGCUGAUUGGCUGUCAGGGGAGCCCAAUGACACUGCAGGUGUGGAGGACUGCGUGGAGCUCCUGGCAUACGGAAAUGGGAAGUUCAACGACAUGCCGUGCUGGGACCUCCGAGCAUUUGUCUGUUCCUAUCCUUUGUAGAGAAUAUAUGAAUCCCAAACUGCUUCUUUGUCUGAUUUUAUGUUAUUUUUGUUGCCUUGAAGUUAGCAGUGAGAUUUUGGAAGACAAAAGUAAAUACAUGAAGAUUUCAAAACUGAUCCUUCAAAUGGAUUGAAUGCAAUGCAGUCAAAAUAUUAAAGGAAAAUCAGCAGUCCUGAGCAUAUUGCACUAUAACCCCUUUCGUGCUUUAAAAUGUGCUUUACAAUAAAGCAGAGGAGCAGUGUUUCGCAAGUUUUGAUAACGUACUGUAUUCUGUAAAUAAAGAAAACUAUUGUUUGAUAU